UGGGAAAGGCCCCUUUUGCUGCAUAUGACAGAAAAUAUGGAAUAUGAACAGCCAAAAGCCUCGGAGGCGGCUGGCGGUUAGGAUGAUUCCUUGGGGUCCAUGGUCGUAGCGGAGUGGUUGCGAAGAGAAGCGAGGGGAAUGAAGAGGAGUGUGGCUACCACUCGUUCCACGCACCAUAGUCAUCCGAAGCAAAUUUCUCGAUUGCAGCCUCAUGACUAGGGAUCGACUUAACUUCGGAACGAUAUGGCAGCUGUCUGCGGCACUAGCCCCGGUAAAAAGUUUAUCAUACAUUCGCGCAAUAGCAGUCGCAAGCGUGUAUAAGUACCGUAGAACAAACGCCGUAUCACAAACUCCCUCACUUUCGUGACCUGCUGUUCCCUUAUUUUCGAGGAAGUAAGGAUGAAAUACUCAGGUGAUAGUGUUAAUCAAGGACCAUGAAGUCACCGUGUUUUUCAUAUAAAUGUUCAUCAUGAAUACAGAUAUAGAAAUGCUUGGAGUAGCCAACUAAUGGCUCUGAUAAAUCACCGGGUAUUUUAUUUGGGUAGUACUACGUAAUUUUCAUGAAAUAUUGAGUAUUGUUUGAUUUUAAUUCAUCGAGAAGUAUAGCAAUACCUUUCGUCACGAGGAAGACAUUGUACAAAAUUGAAAUAGUUAUUCAAAAUAUAAUCAUUGAUGAAUUUAUUCAGCAACGAUUGCAAAGCACGUAAGUAGUUUCGAUUUUUCCUAUAGAGUACUUCAAAGGACGUAUGCGCCCGCCGAAUAUGCGUGCGUUUACUCGUAUGAUUUCAGAUAAUCUCGUCUCCCCGCUGUCUUCAAAUUCACCUGUAAAACAUUCUUGUUUUUUUCACUGAUCUUUCUCCAUUACCUGACUCCUACCUGAUAUAAUUAGCUGACGUCUACCUGAUAUACUCAUCCGAUCGUGAUUAUGGGGAACUAUUUAUGUAAGAAAAACUUCGAAUGAUAACAAACAUAGGGCAGUUUUUCGUGAAUAUCUAGUAUCUAAAUCGAAAUUUACAAGAACAGCUGUAUUCUAGAAUUCUAUUUAUUCAAACUAUUGAAGUAGUAGUAUACGUUUAUACAUUCUGGUUCCUUUACCAGACGCUCACAAAAAAUUCUGUUAAUUGAAAGUUCAUAUGAAAUCGUUGUAAUAAAAAGUUCGAAAUUAUGCUGUACGUUCGAACACAUCACAUAUGUAUAGGUAUUGUAACAAGUUACGUGGGCCAGCGACAGAGAACGAGGCCCGGUACCGGACACGCCAAGAACAGGAGGACCACGUGACGGUUAGAGGCUAUGCAAAAUUAUGAAGCCGCGCUCUCGCUUGGGCGCAACUUAGAGUCACGCCACCAGAACUGUAAGAAGCGAACAGCAACCAAAAAACGGAGGGCUCAACCAGCUCACAGCCGUGGGUCAACCGACUGACUCAUAACCUUGCAAAUUCCACUUUGCUAAAAUAGCAUGUGAUUCUUUUUACUUAGAGGAAUUUUGCACAACUAAAAUAGAAGUCGAAUCUUUCUCCAAAUUCGUAAAAUAAAAAAUUCACUUAUAUUAGGUAUCCGGCGGAAAAAAAAACCUCGUUUUCAUGAAUUAAACUUGAACUCUGAUCACCCAAAAUAUAUUCAACAGUAACCCAGGCAUUGAGCUGUAGCAGCAUUUGUUUCUGCACGUGCAAACAUAACCUGAACUCACAAAAAAAAAAAAUCCUGGUAACAGCGCUCAUUACUACAUUUAAAAAUUGACAUUACAAACCUCCGGGUUAUCAGUCUACAAGACUGUAUAGAAUCGAGGGUUAGAAUAGGGAUAUAGCUAGGAUGAAAUAUAAUAUAAUAUUACUUUUGUUUAUGGCUUUUGAGAGGCGGUCGCUUAUAACUCCAAUACCUUUGUUAUUCUUGUGAGAAGUCUAUGUCAUCAGCCAUCAAACCUUGACUAUGGAUGAUAAUAUUCAGUAAUCCUUUUUAAUUUAUAAAGUUUGGGCGGAACUCAUGAUUUCUUUUUUGUCUGACUCAUACCUUAGAGCCAGCUUUGGUGGACAAGGCACAAAUUCGGCAGUACUGAUUGAACGAUGAUAGCAAACCGUAUCUGACUUUGUGUUAUACCCUAUCACAUCAGCCUGAACAGACAGGCAGGGAGAUCUCCCUGAUUUGUGGAAGGUAAGACGACUCUAGUGGAACUUCAUAGUUUUACCCGAGUUCGGAAGUCGUGACUUUGCCAAAUCAAAACAAUUUCUCUUGACAGACCUGGUUUAAUUGAGUUUAUACCAGGUUCUUAGCUCUGAAAGGCGGCUCUGGCUUGGACAAUUCCGAGUUCGUUUAUCAACACCAUCUUUGGACUACGAAUUUGGUGGUAUCAUUGGUGGAAGGAGCCAUAGAUAAAGUUUAAAUGCAAAAAACCCACCACAGCUCGAUCGUCCGUUGAGAGCAUACCUCAUGAACGCCCGAAUAACUUGCAGUAUAUAUUUACAAUACUUUAAAGAUCAAGAUUUAAACAUAUGUCGAACGGAAUAUGAAACGAAAGCCGGUCGAACGGUCACCACCAGUCACACGGUCAUGUAAACAAUCCGAUACAAGCGAAUACAGGAUUAUUUCUAGCGACGAAAACAAAAUAAAAAUCAAAAAGAUAAGUAAGACUAAUACAAAUAAGAAAACGACAAUGACUGAUUCAAAUGUUCCAAUUAUCAGGUCAGACCAGCACGUAGAGGUUAAUGGCAUACAGGAUAACAUAAUGCGUAUGGAAAUACAAAAGGAGUGGCGGCGUUUGAAGGAGGAGCAGGCAAAAAUCGAUCAGCAAAGAGCAGACUUAGAGAGAACUCGGUUAGAAAUGAUACAGCAAAGCCAAGCUGAUCAACUCCAAAUACAAAUUCCGGACAAUGAUCAGGUGGUGAGUGGUUUGGUAAAGCACUUGCAAUACUUGCACAUAGACGUGAAGGUACCCAAAUUUAGCGAAAAUGGCCACCCUGUGGACUUUUUAGAAGAUCUUGAGAGGUAUUUUAAAUAUAAGAAUGUUCGCGGUGACCACCGACUGUUAGUAAUUGAAAGUAUUCUAGAGGGAAGAGUCAAAAUAUGGUAUGAGGUGACAAAAGGUAUAAUAAACGAUUAUGAGGCAUUUAGGUUAGCAUUCGAGGCAGAAUUUUAUUCCAUUCCGGUUCAAGUCAGAUUCAAGAACCAGUGGUUGUCACGUCGAUAUAGGCAACAAGACGGUUCGUUGCUAACAUAUUUUUACAAACAACUGAGGGACACAAGACAUUUCCAACCGAAACUUCCAACAUAUGAAAUCAAUUAUUUAAUUGCGCAACAACUGCCAUCGCGAGUUAGAACGGCAUUGGCCACGGUAGAUCUGGCAAAUACAAAUUUGGUUGUGCAAGUCCUGUCACAGUUGGAUGAGGUUCACGAAGAAUAUGAAAAGCGAGAAUCAGGCAGGGUCAAUGGUCAUCAUUAUAAUAAUCAGGGUCAGAAUAGCGGCAAUAAAAAUAUACGAUCAGCAAAUUUGAGCAAUAUCACGGUUGCAGAGGCGCGAGACAAACAAAAUUGGCAAGCUUCGAGGGGAUACCAAAGAUAUCAGGCACAGAGACCACGUCAAAAUCGGGGGGAUGGAAAUUGGCGAGUGCGCCAAAGUCAAGCAGAACAGGUAGCAGUUGUACAACAAAAUAGGCCCUCAUAUUCAAACCAAGACCGUAUGGUAGUUGCAGACACCAGGUUUCCCCCGCCCAGAAUCAAUGACGGCGCCAGGAUGCAUUACUAUCAGUUCAAUAACACCGAAAGUAGACCAGCUUACCAAAAUCAAAGAUCAGAUAGCAAUUCGUGCGAACAUUUAAACUAG